GAGAGGAAACUAAAGACAUUAAAAAGGCACGACCGAGUAUGCAUAGUUCUUGUAUAAUCAAAACCAUGUACAGGCUGAAAAAGAAACAUUCCAAAUGAAAGAGAGGACUUAUAAUCAGAUCACACUCCACAGUUUAGGAACAAAACCUGGAACGGAUGAAUAAGGCACUUUUUAAUGAACCGCUUCCCAGUGCUAUCUUCUGUCUCACCUGAAGCCCUGUUCAGGAGCACGCAACCACCAGUGAAAGAAUUUCCAUCAAAAUUGUCCACACUUUUUUCCUAUGAAAAUGCUGCAGAAACACAUCUGGGCCUUUUCACUGGCAAUUGUCACGUCUGCAUCUAGUAAAGUAAAUGUAAAGGAUUUCUCUCUCAAUAAUGAGUCCACUUAUUGGGUCUGUGUUUGCAAUGGUCAUGGCUGCGAUGGAGAGACGUGUACUGGGAAGGCAUGUUUUAAGGCAGACUCAAUUAAUUAUGACACGGAGGAAGUUUAUACAGUACGGGGCUGUUUCAAUAAAAGCAUAAAGGAGCAGUGUUCGGGAAAUACUGAAAAUUCAGCGGCGAAUUGCUGUUAUUCUAAUUAUUGCAACAGGAAUAUCACAACCACCCUUACAGAUGUACCCACGUCUCCAGGGCACAACAUCAUCUUGAUUGUUGUCCUUCCUUCAAUCUUAUUCCUGUCACUUCUGUUCCUGUUUACAUUCUUAAUCUGGAAAAUGAGCCAAAGAAGCAGGAAAAAGUCUUUGGCCAGACUCUAUGAUUUUGAUAUUGAUUUUCCAAAGGCAUCAAUUGUUGGCGACAGUACCCUAGGGGAAUUCUUAGAUGACAACUGCACCACUGGUAGUGGAUCUGGACUUCCAUUCCUUGUUCAGAGAACCGUGGCUCGACAAAUUACUCUUGCGGAAUGCGUAGGUAAGGGGCGAUAUGGAGAGGUUUGGAGAGGCUUGUGGCAAGGGGAACAUGUAGCUGUGAAGAUCUUUUCAUCUCGAGAUGAACAGUCAUGGUUUAGAGAAACUGAAAUCUACAAUACAGUAUUAUUACGACAUGAAAAUAUUUUGGGAUUUAUUGCUUCGGAUAUGACCUCUAGAAAUUCCAGCACCCAGCUAUGGCUGAUCACACAUUAUCAUGACAACGGGUCACUUUAUGACUAUCUUCAGAGGAAUACAAUACAUUCAGAGGGCUGCUUGCAACUGGCACUUUCUAUCAUUUGUGGUUUGGUGCAUCUCCAUGUGGAGAUAUUUGGUACCCAUGGAAAGCCUGCAAUAGCACACAGAGACCUCAAGAGUAGAAACAUUCUGGUAAAGGAAAACAACCAGUGCUGUAUAGCGGAUCUGGGUCUGGCUGUGAUGCAUUCACAAAACUCGAAUUAUUUGGAUAUUGGUAAUAAUCCGCGAGUUGGCACCAAACGCUAUAUGGCUCCUGAAGUCCUUGAUGAAACUAUACGCACAGAUUCAUUUGAAUCUUAUAAGCAGACCGAUUUGUGGGCUUAUGGAUUAUGUCUUUGGGAAAUUUGCAGGAGAACGGUUAUAAAUGGUAUGGUUGAAGAAUACAAACCUCCAUUUUUUGAUGUUGUACCCCAUGACCCAAGUUUUGAGGACAUGAAGAAAGUUGUCUGUGUUGACCAGCAGAGACCAAAUAGUCCUAAUAAUUGGAGUUCAGAUAUUGUUUUGUCAACUUUAUCUAAAAUCAUGAAAGAAACUUGGUUCCAGAAUCCUUCAGCCAGACUUACUGCUCUGAGGAUCAAGAAGACUCUAAACAAGCUGAAAUGCUCUUUCAAUAUAACGAAGGAAGAAUGUUGAGGGGAAGAAAAACCUGAUUCAACAAUUCUAUGCACUUCACUUGAGACUUUCUAGCAAACAAACAAAAAGUUUCUACAUUACAAGAAGCCAUAAGAGAAAAUGUGUUUUCAAACUUACGCUGCCUGAUUUUAGUGACAUUUUUAAGGUGAUCCAGAACUUCGACCUGACUUAAACAAUCCUCAUGACAGUUCAAUGUCAAAUACAUAAUGUGCAGGAAGACUGCUGUGUAUAUUUAUAUUAUAUGAUUGUGCUAUUGUCUGCCCAGUCACCUUUCGGGCUGUGUAAAAAAUGCCUUCAUAUUUACCUGUAUUGAAAAGGCUACAAUAUAAAUUAAAGAUUUAUAUUGUCAAUUUCCACUUAUAUACUCUCUCUAUAUUACAAAAUUCUAACUGUAUAGAUCAUACGGGUCAGAUGGCAUUUUAUGGCUUAUACGAGGCUGUCAAAGAGGGUUAUAUCUUGUUUGGCACCCAUUCUGCCUGAUAUUCUGCCAAAUUAAUUUUAAUACAUGUGUGUUUGAAACAUGUGUGGGUGGUGCUUUGGACGAGAAACUGUGAGUUGUUACUGCACCAACAAUCAGUACCAUUCCGUGACAAAAAGACUAAAAUUAAGAAUUCACGUUUUCAAAACAUCAAUAGAAUUAGUGAUAAUGAUCCUUAGGAGCAUGGCUAUUUUAUAUCUUUUCCCACUGUUACGUAUGGACAAUGUGAACUCUUCCAUUUCUAAUCCUAACCUGUGACUUAAAUGAAUGGCAAAGUCACAGUAGUGGAAAUAAAAAACUAAUGACGAAUAGGUGAUAUUGAAAAGUUUAUCGUUUGAAUUUUUAGCUUUAACUAAGAGGGUGAAUUUCAUACCAAGCUCAAUCUAACGUGUCCUUAAGGAUACAUAAGUUCUGAGUUUUAUAUAUAUAUAUAUAUAUAUAUAUAUACAAAAAAAUUGUCACCCUGCUGAAUUGUGGGAAUGUGGCAUAUUCUUUCAUUAAGAAUUGACAGCUUUAUGCAAUUGAAUUAAUUAUGUCAUGGAGAACAAGAAAAUGUAAUCCCCUGUCCUAUCUGCCAAUCUCAGGAUUGAGGGUUUAUAGUCUGGAAUCUAAAUAAUUCGAGGUGCAUGAUUCUGUAAAUAUCACCCCACAAAGGAGAAUUAGGGAUCAUAGUAAGGUCCAUAGUGAUUUCUCACAUGUGUUUCAAAUGUGUCCAAUACCUGGUCCAGCAUAAACAAAAUCUGGGUAGAAGAGAUGGGCAGGUCUGAGAAAUAGAAUUACUUGUGAUUACAAGGUAUGCACAUAUUUUAAAUAGAGCGAUUAGAAAUGAAGGUGCCUGUCAUAUGUCACUGCAAAUUGUAACCCCCCAUGCUUUUAUCCCACUCAAUGUCAUGGGUUAAGCAAUGUAUU